AGUCUCUCGUGCCUUGGCUGUUCGACUUGUCAAUCAUUCAGUCCAACAUGGACGACUUUGUAAUGCAGCAGAGCCAGUGCUAGGACUGAAGAUACGACAACAGAAUACGAAAACCCAUAGGGUCGGCUGCUGUUGCAGCCAGGAGAGAGGAGGUAAAGAUGCCUUCUCCGUCAUUUACCCUCGAUGCCCAGCUAAGAUUUCAUGACAAAUGGCUGAAGAUAGACUUGCAGCGAGCCUUCUCUCCAGAGGGCCUGAGCGAGAUGUGGAACGAGAUGGUGAAGGAUGAGGAGAUCACCUUCAACGGAGAAGAGGCAGCCCACCUAGAAGACUGCACGGACUGCUUCGCCACACAGAAGAAGGAGGAGUCUAACGACAAGGAGAAGAAGGAGGAGGAGGAGACUUCCACGUCGGUCCAUCACUCCAUCAUCGAGACGUGGGACUGGGGCCGGCAGCCAGACGAGAACGAGCUGAAGGAGUGCCUGAUGGUUCUGGUGGACGACCAGCAGAAGCUGUCUGCCCAGACGGCCAAGAGCACGCUGUCUGCCCUGCGUCUGCGCCAGCGCCUGGUCAUCCUGGAGCGCUACCUCAUCUCCCUCAGCCACAGCGUCAUGGAGGAGAAAUACAAGUUCCGCUGGAAGUUCCCUGCCACCCCCCCGCAGCCCGCCGUCGACAACAAGAGCCCCCGUCCUGUCAGUAAGAGUGUGGAGGGCCUGGCCAGGGUGGGCUCCAGGGCUGCGUUGUCCUUUGCGUUCGCCUUCCUCCGAAGAGCCUGGAGGUCAGGAGACGACGCGGACCUGUGCAGCGAGCUCCUGCAGGAGUCUCUGGACGCCCUGCGCGCCCUCCCAGAGGCCACCCUGUUUGACGAGCGGACCGUGUCGUCCGUGUGGCUGGAGGUGGUGGAGAGGGCCACCAAGUUCCUCAGCGACGUGCACGGGAGCGCCAGCUCCAAAAGCAACAUUCCCCUGCAGGAUCAGCACCUGGCCCUGGCCAUCCUGCUGGAGCUGGCCGUGCAGAGGGGCACCCUCAGUCAGCUCCUCUCCGCCGUGCUCCUGCUCCUGCGUCUGUGGGACAGCGGCACCCGGGAGAUGGACAACGAGCGCUCCACCCAGGGCACCAGCGCCCCCCUGCUGCCCCUGCUGCAGCGCCUGCAGAGCAUCUACAGCACCAAGGACGAGCCGGUCCCCCAGGAGGAGGGAGAGAUUCUCUCCGCUCCGCUCAGCCCCAACGAGAGCUUCCUGCGCUACCUGACCCUGCCGCAGGACAACGACUUGGCCAUCGACCUGCGGCAGACGGCCGUGGUCAUCAUGGCCCACCUGGACCGCCUGGCCUCCCCCUGCAGCCCUCCUCAGUGCAGCUCUCCCACCUCACACAAGGGAAGCCUCCAGGAGGUGAUUGGCUGGGGACUGCUGGGCUGGAAGCUGUACACCAAUGUGAACGGCCCUAACGAGUGCAAGGCCCUGUCCAGCCUGGGGGUGACCCAGAUCGUGUGCUCCGAGAAGGGCUUCCUCAUCCUGGCCAGCAGUGGGGCCGUCUACACCCAGAACUACAAGUGCACCACUCUGGCCCCCAUGCUGGUCCACGCCCUGACCUCCAGGAAGAUCCUGAAGCUCGCCGCACACCCCGACGGCCAGCACUACCUGUCCCUGUCCACCAACGGAGAGGUGUUCUCCUGGGGCUGUGGAGACGGAGGCCGCCUGGGACACGGGGACACCACGUACCUGGAGGAGCCUACCUUGAUCUCAGCCUUCACAGGGAAGCACGUGGUUCACAUCGCCUGUGGGAGCACCUACAGCGCCGCCAUCACAGCGGACGGAGAGCUGUACACCUGGGGGCGGGGCAACUACGGCCGGCUGGGCCACGGCUCCAGCGAGGACCAGACCACGCCCAUGCUGGUGACGGCUCUGAAGGGGCUGAAGGUGUUGGAUGUGGCGUGUGGGAGCGGGGAUGCCCAGACUCUCGCUGUGACGGAGAACGGUCAGGUGUGGUCCUGGGGGGACGGGGACUACGGCAAGCUGGGCCGGGGCGGCAGCGACGGCUGCAAGACACCCAAGCUGCUGGAGAAGCUCCAGGACCUGGACACGGUCAGGGUGUUCUGCGGGAGCCAGUUCUCCGUGGCGCUCACCAAGGACGGCCAGGUGUACACCUGGGGGAAGGGGGACAACCAGCGGCUGGGCCACGGCACGGACGAGCACGUGCGCUACCCCAAGCUGCUGGAGAGCCUGCAGGGUAAGAAGGUGGUGGACAUGGGGGUGGGCUCCACUCACUGCCUGGCCCUCACCGAGGAGGGCGAGGUGCACAGCUGGGGCAGCAACGACAAGCUGCAGCACUUCGACACGCUGUUCUCCAAUAAGAAGCAGCCCAAGGCUCUGCCUGGACUCAACUCCAAACACAUCGUGGGCGUGUCCUGUGGGCCAGGCCAGAGUUUCGCCUGGUCCUCGUGCUCCGAGUGGUCGGUGGGGCAGCGCGUGCCCUUCGUGGUGGACGUGUGCCCCAUGACCUUCGAGCAGCUGGACCUACUGCUGCGGCAGGUGAGCGAGGGCAUAGACGGCGGCUCGGACUGGCCCCCGCCGCAGGAGAAGGAGUGCAUGGUGGUGGCCACCCUCAACCUGCUCCGGCUCCAGCUGCAUGCUGCCAUCAGUAACCAGGUGGACCCGGAGGAGCUGGGCCUGGGCCUGGGCAGCGUCCUGCUCAACAACCUGAAGCAGACGGUGGUGACGCUGGCCAGCAACGCCGGCGUGCUCAACACGGUCCAGACGGCGGCGCAGGCCGUGCUGCAGAGCGGCUGGUCGGUCCUGCUGCCCACCGCCGAGGAGAGAGCCAGGGCUCUGUCCUCCCUCCUGCCCAACGCAGCGUCCGGCAACGAGAUGAGCGUCAGCCCCGGCCGUCGCUUUAUGAUCGACCUGCUGGUCAGCAGCCUGAUGGCCGACGGAGGGCUGGAGUCUGCCCUGAACGCAGCCAUCACCGCCGAAAUCCAGGACAUCGAGGCUAAGAAGGAGGCUCAGAAGGAGAAGGAGAUCGACGAGCAGGAGGCCAACGCCUCCAGCAUGCAGCGCUGCCGCACGGCGCUGGACAAGGACCUCAUCAACACGGGGAGCGUGCUCCUCCCAGAGCUGGUGGUGUCCAUCGUGCUGCUGCUCACCAUAGACGCCGGCCUGAUGCAGGAGACGGGCUCCAUCCCCCUGCUGGCCGGCCUGCUGGAACACCUGGACCGCUUCAACCACCUGGCGCCCGGACACGAGAGGGACGACAACGAGGACCUGGCCUGGCCGGGCAUCAUGGGCUCGUUCUUCACAGGCCAGAGCUCCAGGAACAACGAGGAGGUGUCCCUGAUCCGCAAGGCCGACCUGGAGAACCACAACAAGGACGGGGGCUUCUGGACCGUCAUCGAGGGCAAGGUGUACGACAUCCGAGACUUCCAGGCACAGUCGCUCACUGGGAACAGCAUCCUGGCCCAGUUUGCAGGGGGUGACCCUGUGAUCGCGCUGGAAGCUGCUCUGCAGUUCGAGGACACCAGGGAGUCCAUGCAGGCCUUCUGUGUGGGCCAGUACAUGGAGCCUAACCAGGAAACGGUGACCACCCCAGACCUGAGCAGCCUGUCGUCUCCGCUGAUCGACACGGAGAGGAACCUGGGCCUGCUCCUGGGCUUGCACGCCUCCUACCUGGCCGUGAGCACGCCCCUGGCGCCCAUGGAGAUAGAAUGUGCCAAAUGGCUGAAGUCCUCCAUCUUCUCCGGGGGCCUCCAGACCAGCCAGAUCCACUACAACUACAACGAGGAGAAGGACGAGGACCACUGCAGCUCCCUGGGCUCCGGCCCGGCCGACAAGACCAAGCUGUCCUCCCGCAGGAUCACCCUCAGCGACCACGCACAGCCCUUCCUCCAGGCCAUCGCCGACAACACCACUCAGGACCACACUGUCAAGGACUUCCUAUGCCAAAUCGAGCGCUGCUGUAAGCAGUUCCACCUCAUCACGCCCAUCACCUUCCCCCCAGAGCACCCAGUGGAGGAGGUGGGCAGACUGCUGCUGUGCUGCCUGCUCAAGCACCAGGACCUGGGUCACAUAGCCCUCUCACUGGUCCAUCAAUGUGCCUUGGGCGUGGACCAAUCCAAGCAGAGGUCCCUCCCCAGAUCGGUGAUUGACGUGUGUCGCAUGGUGUACCAGGCCAAGUGCUCUUUAAUCAAGACCCACCAGGAGCAGGGCCGCUCCUACAAGGAGGUGUGCGCCCCCGUGAUCGAGCGCCUGCGCUUCCUGUUCAACGAGCUGCGUCCGGCCGUCAGCAACGACCUGUCCAUCGUGUCCAAGCUGAAGCUGCUGGGGGCCCAGCCGCGCUGGAAGAGGAUCACCCAGAAGCUCAUCAGGGACCGCCGGAAAAAGAGAGUGCCGAAGAAGUCGGAAUCAGCUGACGUCGAGGAGCCCAAACUGGAGAACGCAGGGACCAAUGAGGAAGAGCUGUGCGUCCCAAUAAGCCCCGCCCCCGCCGACCGGAAGUCACCCACCAACAAGACGCCUCCCAAGCAGGAGGAUAGGUGGCAGCCCCUGCUGACCACCGUGGCCAGCGUGCAGAAGUACAAGUGGCUGAAGCACAGUGUCCAGGGCCUGUUCUCCACCUCCAGCCUCAUGGGCACCAUCGUGGAGUUUGCCCUGAAGGAGGAGCCCCUGGACGUGGAGAAGAUGAGGAAGUGCCUCCUCAAACAGCUGGAGCGCGCGGAGGUGAGGCUGGAGGGCAUCGACACCAUGCUGAAGCUGGCAUCCAAGAGCUUCCUCCUGCCCUCCGUGCAGUACAGCAUGCUGUGUGGCUGGCAGAGGGUGGUGCCCGAGGGGACCAACAUAGGGGAGCCGCUGUCUGACUGCCUGAAGGAUGUAGACCUCAUCCCCCCCUUCAACCGCAUGCUGCUGGAGGUGACCUUCGGCAAGCUGUACUCCUGGGCCAUCCAGAACGUGCGCACCAUCCUGUUGGACGCCACCGCCCGCUUCAAAGAGCUGGGAGUUCAGCCGGUGCCCCUCCAGACCAUCACCAACGAGAACCCUGCGGGGCCCAGCCUCGGCACCAUCCCCCAGGCCCGCUUCCUGCUGGCCAUGCUGCACAUGCUGUCCCUGAAGCACGGGGCCAACAGCCUCAGCCUGCUGCUCAACUCUGGAACCCUGGCCCUCACCCAGAGCAUCCUGCGGCUCAUAGGCCCCAGCACAGACAGCAGCGAGGAGGACCAGGGCUCCGGGGCCCACGGAGGCUCAGCCACGGUCCUGGAGGAGUCCAGGAAAGAGACGACCCCCGCGCCCCUGCCCGCCUCCGGCCCCGAGCUGGCCUCCAUGAUGAAGAUAGGCACCCGGGUCAUGAGAGGGCUGGACUGGAAAUGGGGAGAUCAGGAUGGCCCAGCGCCAGGUCUGGGCCGGGUGAUAGGAGAGCUGGGGGAGGACGGCUGGAUCCGGGUGCAGUGGGACACCAGCAGCACCAACUCGUACCGCAUGGGCAAGGAGGGCAAGUACGACCUGAAGCUGGCCGAGCCCCCGGCCGCCUCCCAGCCCACCACCGAGGACUCAGACACCGAGGAUGACACGGAAGGAGAGCCCGUGGAGAAGAGCAGCCACCCGACGGCCAUGAUGCUGACCAGCACGGUGAACCUGCUGAAGACCCUCUCUCUGUCUGCCGGCAUCUACUCUGAGGUGAUGCAGGCGGACGCCACGCGCACGCUCUGCGGCCUGCUGAGGACGCUGGUGGAGAGUGGAGCCAGCGACAAGACAGGCUGCCCGACCCUGAGGCAGGUGUGGCGGGAGCAGCACAGGAGCUGGUGCACGCUGGGCUUCCUCCGCAGCGUGGCCCUCAUGCCCCAGAUGUGCAGCACCCUCAGCACCUCCGCCUGGAUCGGCCUGCUCGUCAGGAUCGUGGAGGGCCAGCAGGCCUUCAACGCUGUCUCCCUGCAGAGACAGAUCCUGGCCCUGCGGCUGUUGCAGGCCGUGCUGCCGUCCUGGGACAAGACGGAGCGCUCUCAGGACAUGAAGUUCCUGGUGGAGAAGCUGUUCUGCUUCCUGGGCAGCCUGCUCAGCACCUGCUCCUCCGACCUGCCCCUGCUCAGAGAGGGCUCUCUACGGCGCAGGAAGUCCCGCCCCCAGGCCUCCCUCACGGCCACUCACAGCAGCACGCUGGCCGAGGAGAUCGUGGCGGCCCUGCGCUCGCUGCACUCCCUGGCCCAGUGGAACGGCCUCAUCAACGACUACAUCAACGCCCAGCUCAGCUGCAUCGGGGACGUGAUGGCCGGACGCCACUCCGAAGCGUCUGUCCUGGAGGACUUCCUCCCCGACUCGGAGGGCCCCCGGGCGGGCAGCCUGAUGGCGGUGCUGGCCGUGAUCGGCGGCAUCGACGGCCGCCUGCGCCUGGGCGGCCAGGUGGUGCACGAGGAGUACGGCGAGGGCAUCGUGACGCGCAUCACGCCCAGGGGCCGCAUCACCGUGCAGUUCCACGACAUGAGGACCAGCCGCGUCUGCCUGCUCAGCCAGCUCAAACCGCUGCCGGUGGCUCCGUUCAGCGUUCAGAACCUCCCCUUCACAGAGCCCAUGCUGGCUGUGUGGGCCCAGCUGGUCAACCUGGCAGGAAGCAGGCUGGAGAAGCAACGCAUGAAGAAGUCCCUGAGCCGCGGCCUCACAGCCGACCAGGUGGACGUGCAGCUCCUCCGCUGUCAGCAGCUGAGGCUGUACAUCCUGAAGGCAGCGCGCGCUCUGCUGGCUCACCAGGACAAGCUGCGCCACAUCCUGUCCCAGCCCGCUGUCCUGGACCUGGGGCCCAGCGCCGGCGAGGAUCCAGUAGCUUUGUCUCCCGACGUGGGGGACUUGUCCCCCGAGGGGCCCCUGCCUCCCCUGCUCCUCCUCCAGCAGCUGCUCUCCGCUGCCACCCAGCCCUCCCCCAUCAAGGCCCUGUUCCAGAGGCAGGAGCUGGAGGCCGCCGCUCUGGCAGUGUGCCAGUACCUGGCGGUGGAAUCCACCCACCCGUCGUCCCCGCUGUUCGAGGAGAGCUGCUCCAGCGAGGCCACCACGCCCGUCACCGUGCAGCAGGCCCGCCCGCCCCGCCAGCGCAGGCCCAAGGCGGCCGCCGCGCCCCCGCUGCCCCUGGUGCUGCAGCUCAUGGAGAUGGGCUUCCAGAGGAGGAACAUCGAGCACGCCCUCAAGUCUCUGUCGGGGACCGCCACCGCCACCUCGGGCGUGCCAGGUGUGGAGGCGCUGGUGGGCUGGCUGCUGGACCACCCGGACGUGCCCGUGUCGGAGCUGUCCGACGCCGACACGCUCUCCGAGGAGGACUCGGACGAGGAGGUGCUGGAGGAGCAGGAGGAGGCCGAGCCUGCCUUCCCUGUGCCUCCGGGAGCCGUGGUGACCGAGAGCCAGACCUUUAAGAAGCGCUCAGACUUCCAGAGCAACGAUGACUACGCCGUCUACAUGAGAGAGCACAUCCAGGUGGGGAUGAUCGUGAAGUGCUGCCGCACGUACGAGGAGGUGUACGAGGGCGACGUGGGCAAGGUGAUCAAGCUGGACCGCGACGGCCUGCACGACCUCAACGUGCAGUGUGACUGGCAGCUAAAGGGAGGGACCUACUGGGUCCGCUACAUCCACACUGAGCUGCUGGGCUUCUCCCCUCAGGGCUCCUCCUACCACAUCAAGAUCGGAGACAAGGUCCGCGUGAAGCUGUCCGUCACCACGCCCAAGUACAAGUGGGGCUCGGUGACUCAUCGCAGCGUGGGCGUGGUGAAAGCCUUCAGCGCCAACGGGAAGGAUGUGAUCGUGGACUUCCCCCAGCAGUCUCACUGGACGGGCCUGCUGUCAGAGAUGGAGCUGGUCCCUAGCGUGCACCCUGGAGUCAGGUGUGACGGCUGUCAGAUGUUCCCCAUCAACGGCCCCAGGUUCAAGUGCCGCAACUGUGACGACUUUGAUUUCUGUGAGAACUGCUACAAGAACCGCAAACACAACACCAGGCACUCCUUCAGCAGGAUCAACGAACCAGGCCAGACGCCGGCGUUCUGCGGCCGCUCGGGCAAGCAGCUGAAGAAGCCCCACGGCGGGCAGCGCGGCAUGCUGAUCGACGAGUGGGCCCGCGCCGUCAAGAGCCUCAGCGUGUCGUCCACCGUCAACCAGGCGUCGCGCCUCAUCGACGGCAGCGAGCUGUGCUGGCAGUCCUCCGGCUCCCAGGGGAAGCACUGGAUUCGUCUGGAGCUCUUCCCAGACGUGCUGGUCCACCGGCUGAAGAUGACCGUGGACCCUGCAGACAGCAGCUACAUGCCCUCCCUGGUGGUGGUCUCAGGCGGCAGCUCCCUGAACAACCUCAUCGAGCUGAAGACCAUCACCAUCAACCCUACAGACACCACUGUCCCCCUGCUGAGCGACUGCACCGAGUAUCACCGCUACGUGGAGGUCGCCAUCAAGCAGUGCCGCAGCUCGGGGAUCGACUGUAAGAUCCACGGGCUGGCCCUCGUGGGGCGCGUCCGCGCCGAGGACGAAGACCUGGCCACCAUCCCCUUCCUGGCCUCCGACAACGAGGAGGAGGAGGAGGACAAGACUGCCACCGGGAGCCUGGCGAGGAAGAAGUCGUCGGGGCUGGAGUCGGCCGCCACCAUCCGGACCAAGGUGUUCGUCUGGGGCCUGAACGACAAGGACCAGCUGGGCGGGCUCAAGGGCUCCAAGAUCAAGGUGCCGUCCUUCUCGGAGACGCUGUCCGCCCUCAACGUGGUGCAGGUGGCCGGGGGCUCCAAGAGCCUGUUCGCAGUGACGGCGGAGGGGAAGGUGUACGCGUGCGGCGAGGCCACCAACGGGCGCCUGGGCCUGGGCCUGUCCAGCGGCACCAUCCCCAUCCCCCGGCAGAUCGGCGCCCUCAGCAGCUACGUGGUGAAGAAAGUGGCGGUGCACUCGGGCGGGCGGCACGCCAUGGCGCUCACUGUGGACGGGAAGGUGUUCUCCUGGGGAGAGGGAGACGACGGGAAGCUGGGCCACUUCAGCCGGAUGAACUGUGACAAGCCGCGCCUGAUCGAGGCUCUGAAGACCAAGCGCAUCCGGGACAUUGCGUGCGGCAGCUCCCACAGCGCGGCCAUCACCUCCAGCGGGGAGCUGUACAGCUGGGGCCUGGGGGAGUACGGACGCCUGGGCCACGGAGACAACACCACGCAGCUCAGGCCCAAACUGGUGAAGGUGCUUCUGGGUCACCGUGUCAUCCAGGUGGCUUGUGGGAGCAGGGACGCCCAGACUCUGGCCCUCACCGAUGAAGGGCUGGUGUUCUCCUGGGGCGACGGGGACUUUGGGAAGCUGGGCCGGGGGGGCAGCGAGGGCUGCAACGUGCCCCAGAACAUCGAGAGGCUCAACGGCCAGAGCGUGUGUCAGAUCGAGUGCGGGGCCCAGUUCUCCCUGGCGCUCACCAAGUCUGGAGUGGUGUGGACCUGGGGCAAGGGGGACUACUUCCGCCUGGGCCACGGCACGGACGUGCACGUGCGGAAGCCUCAGAUGGUGGAGGGGCUGCGGGGGAAGAAGAUCAUCCACGUGGCCGUCGGGGCGCUGCACUGCCUGGCCGUCACGGAGACCGGACAGGUGUAUGCGUGGGGCGACAACGACCAUGGGCAGCAGGGCAACGGCACCACCACGGUGAACAGGAAGCCCACGCUGGUGCAGGGCCUGGAGGGCCAGAAGAUCACGCGCGUGGCCUGCGGCUCCUCCCACAGCGUGGCCUGGACCACCGUGGACGUGACCACGCCCUCCGUCCACGAGCCUGUGCUCUUCCAGACCGCCAGGGACUCCCUGGGAGCCUCCUAUCUAGGUGUGCAGUCCGACAGCGGAGACUCGGCCGUGAGUAACAAGCUGAGUGGCCAGAGCAGUGUGAAGCCCCACCGGCCCUCGCUGGCCAAGAUCCUGCUGUCCCUGGAUGGGAACCUGGCCAAGCAGCAGUCCCUGUCUCACGUCCUGUCUGCCCUGCAGAUCCUCUACGCCAGAGACGCGGUGGUCGGCGCCCUGAUGCCCGCCUGCAUGAUGCUCCCCAUGGAGUGUCCCUCCAGCCCCCCGGCCCCCCUCUCCGACUCCUCCUCCUCCUCCAGCCCGUCCGAGGCCGAGGGCCCCCCCCUGCCCGCCGAGGCGGAGGAGCGCGUCAGCCCCAACCCCUGGCAGGACCGCAAGGGAGAGGUCAGCUCUUCGGAGGACGCCAUCACGCCCUCGUCGGCCGUCACGCCCUCCGCCGCCGCCGCCUCCGCCCGCCCCUUCAUCCCCGUGACCGACGACCCCGGAGCCGCCAGCAUCAUAGCGGAGACCAUGACCAAGACCAAAGAGGACUCAGAGAGCCAGAACAAGGUUGUGGGUCCGGAGCCUCAGUACCUGGACGAGUUCACCAGCCUCCUGGUCCCGGACGACACGCGGGUCAUGGUGGACCUGCUGAAGCUGGCCGUGUCGGUCCGCGCCGGGGACAAGGGCAAGGAGGUCCUCUCGGCCGUGCUGUCGGGCAUGGGCACCGCGUACCCGCAGGUGGCCGACAUGCUGCUGGAGCUGUGCGUGACGGAGCUGGAGGACGUGGCGUCGGACUCCCAGAGCGGCCGGCUGUCCUCCCAGCCCGUGGUGGUGGAGAGCAGCCACCCCUACACGGACGACACCUCCACCAGCGGCACGGUCAAGAUUCCAGGCGCUGAGGGACUGAGAGUGGAAUUCGACCGCCAGUGUUCCACCGAGAGACGCCACGACCCUCUCACCAUCAUGGACGGAGCCAAUCGUAUCGUCUCCGUCAGAUCAGGGAGGGAGUGGUCUGAUUGGUCCAGCGAGCUGAGGAUCCCGGGAGAUGAGCUCAAGUGGAAGUUCACCAGCGACGGCUCUGUUAACGGCUGGGGCUGGCGCCUCACUGUCUACCCCAUCAUGCCUGCUGCCGGGCCCAAAGACCUCCUGUCUGACCGCUGCAUCCUGUCCUGCCCCUCCAUGGCGCUGGUCACCUGCCUGCUGGACUUCCGGCUCAACUUCGCCUCCAACAGGGGCAUCGUGCCCCGCCUGGCCGCCUCACUGGCGGCCUGCGCCCAGCUCAGCGCCCUGGCGGCGGGUCAUCGCAUGUGGGCCCUGCAGCGCCUCCGCAAGCUGCUGACCACCGAGUACGGCCAGUCCAUCAACAUCAACAGGCUGCUGGGGGACAGCGAGGGGGAGACGCGCUCCAUGAGUUUUACAGGCAGUGCGCUGGCCGCCCUGGUGAAGGGCCUGCCUGAGGCCCUGCAGAGGCAGUACGAGUACGAGGACCCCAUCGUCAGAGGAGGCAAGCAGCUCCUCCACAGCCCCUUCUUCAAGGUGUUGGUGGCGCUGGCGUGCGACCUGGAGCUGGACACACUUCCCUGCUGUGCGGAGACGCACAAGUGGGCGUGGUUCAGGCGAUACUGCACCGCGUCCAGAGUGGCCGUGGCGCUGGACAAGAGGACGCCGCUGCCCAAGCCCUUCCUGGACGAGGUGACCAAGAAGAUCCGCGAGCUCAUGGCUGACCACGAGAGCCUGAGCGGGCUCCACGAGAGCCACGACGCCUUCCGGCGCGAGCACGACGAGCAGCUGGUGCAGUGGAUGAACCGCCGGCCCGACGACUGGACGCUGUCGGCGGGGGGCAGCGGCACCAUCUACGGCUGGGGCCACAACCACCGCGGCCAGCUGGGGGGCAUCGAGGGGGCCAAGGUCAAGGUGCCCACCCCGACGGAGGCCCUGGCCACGCUGCGGCCGGUGCAGCUGAUUGGAGGGGAGCAGACGCUGUUUGCCGUGACGGCGGACGGGAAGCUCUACGCCACAGGUUAUGGGGCGGGGGGCAGGCUGGGGAUCGGGGGCACGGAGUCCGUGUCCACCCCCACCCUGCUGGAGUCCAUCCAGCACGUGUUCAUCCGGAAGGUGGCGGUGAACUCCGGCGGGAAGCACUGCCUGGCUCUGUCGUCCGAGGGGGAGGUGUACUCCUGGGGAGAGGCCGAGGAUGGGAAGCUGGGCCACGGGAACCGGAGCCCGUGCGACCGCCCCCGGGUCAUCGAGUCUCUGCGGGGGGUGGAGGUGGUGGACGUAGCGGCGGGCGGCGCCCACAGCGCCUGCAUCACAGCCAGCGGGGAGCUGUACACCUGGGGCAAGGGCCGCUACGGCCGGCUGGGCCACGGAGACAGCGAGGACCAGCUCAAACCCAAACUGGUGGACGCGCUGCAGGGCCACCGGGUGAUCGACGUGGCGUGCGGCAGCGGCGACGCCCAGACGCUGUGCCUGUCGGACGACGACAUGGUGUGGUCCUGGGGGGACGGGGACUACGGCAAGCUGGGCCGGGGCGGCAGCGACGGCUGCAAGGUCCCCAUGAAGAUUGACUCCCUGACCGGGCUGGGCGUGGUCAAGGUGGAGUGCGGCUCUCAGUUCUCUGUGGCGCUCACCAAGUCUGGGGCAGUGUAUACCUGGGGGAAAGGAGACUACCACCGGCUGGGCCACGGCUCGGACGACCACGUGCGGCGACCCCGACAGGUGCAGGGGCUCCAGGGGAAGAAGGUCAUCGCCAUAGCGACGGGGUCGCUCCACUGCGUGUGCUGCACGGAGGAUGGAGAAGUGUACACCUGGGGGGACAACGACGAGGGCCAGCUGGGAGACGGGACCACCAACGCCAUCCAGAGGCCCCGGCUGGUUGCCGCGCUGCAGGGCAAGAAGAUCAACCGGGUGGCCUGCGGCUCCGCCCACACGCUGGCCUGGUCCACGAGCAAGCCCACCAACGCCGGCAAGCUGCCCGCUCAGGUGCCCAUGGAAUACAACCACCUCCAGGAGAUCCCCAUCAUAGCCCUGAGGAACAGGCUGCUGCUGCUGCACCACAUCUCCGAGCUGUUCUGCCCCUGCAUCCCCAUGUUCGACCUGGAGGGCCGUCUGGGCCAGGCGGGGCACGGCCCCCCGGUGGGCUUCGACACGCUGCGUGGCAUCCUCAUCUCCCAGGGCAAGGAAGCGGCGUUCCGCAAGGUCGUCCAGGCGACCAUGGUCCGGGACCGCCAACAUGGCCCUGUGGUGGAGCUCAACAGGAUACAGGUGAAGCGCUCCCGCAGUAAAGGGGGCCUGGCUGGUCCAGACGGGACCAAGUCGGUGUUUGGUCAGAUGUGCUCUAAGAUGAGCUCCUUCAGCCCCGACAGCCUGCUGCUGCCCCACCGCGUCUGGAAGGUCAAAUUUGUGGGCGAGUCUGUGGAUGACUGUGGUGGAGGCUACAGUGAGUCCAUAGCAGAGAUGUGCGAGGAGCUCCAGAACGGCCUGACCCUGCUGCUCAUCGUCACCCCCAACGGGCGCGACGAGUCGGGCGCCAACCGGGACUGCUUCCUGCUCAACCCCGCCGCCAAGACCCCCCUGCACAUGAACAUGUUCCGCUUCCUGGGAGUUCUUCUGGGUAUCGCUAUCAGAACAGGCAGCCCACUCAGUCUGAACCUGGCAGAACCCGUCUGGAAGCAGCUGGCCGGAAUGAACCUCACCAUCGCUGACCUCAGUGAGGUGGAUAAGGACUUCAUCCCGGGGCUGAUGUACAUCCGGGACAACGAGGCGACAGCGGAGGAGUUUGAGGCGAUGACGCUGCCCUUCACCGUGCCCAACGCCAGCGGCCAGGACAUCCAGUUGAGCUCCAAGCACUCCCACAUCACCCUGGAGAACCGCGCCGAGUACGUCCGCCUGGCCAUCAACUACAGGCUCCAUGAGUUUGACGAGCAGGUGUGUGCGGUGCGUGAGGGCAUGGCCCGGGUGGUCCCGGUGCCCCUGCUCUCCCUCUUCACCGGCUACGAGCUGGAGACUAUGGUGUGUGGCAGCCCAGACAUCCCCCUGCACCUCCUCAAGUCGGUGGCCACCUACAAGGGGGUGGAGCCCACGGCGCCCCUCAUCCAGUGGUUCUGGGAGGUGAUGGAGUCCUUCUCCAACACGGAGAGGUCCCUGUUCCUGCGCUUCGUCUGGGGCCGCACCCGCCUGCCCCGCACCAUCGCCGACUUCCGGGGACGAGACUUCGUCGUGCAGGUGCUGGACAAGUACAACCCUCCGGACCACUUCCUGCCAGAGUCGUACACUUGCUUCUUCCUGCUCAAGCUGCCCAGGUACUCCUGCAAGCUGGUGCUGGAGGAGAAGCUCAAGUACGCCAUCCACUUCUGCAAGUCCAUCGACACGGACGACUACGCCCGCAUCGCGCUGACGGGCGAGCCGGCCGCCGACGACAGCAGCGAGGACUCGGACAACGAGGACGCCGAUUCCUUCGCCUCGGACUCCACGCAGGAUUACCUGACCGGACACUGACUCCCCUGACCUUUAACCCCCUGACCCCCCCCCCCCCCCCCGCUCGCCGGAGAAAAAGGGCGAAGGCACCCCCCACAGACUAAAUGAGGAUGAGAAAACACAUGACGGUGUUGAAUCUCACCUAUUCAUACGUACACAUACAUGAAUUUAUACACACACACACAUGCACACACACACAUGCAUUCUGCUACGACUUACCCUUACGUGGAGAAAACAAAAAAGUGAAUUAUGUGCAAUUAGCUUUGACGGCACUGUACGCUGGAGAAGAAACCUAGACUCUCAUUUAGUCUCUUUAAAAAUAAUUAGGAGGGGAUGAGUCGCACCAGGGAUCGCCACGUCCCCUGAAAACCCUGUUGGGCGCGCGGCCUAGCGCUGCGGUGGACGUGCGAGCCCGUCUAUCUUUAGGUUGUUGUAAAUUGCGAAGGAUGCCUGAUAGCUUUUUUUUUUCUUUCAGUUUCCAUUCUCUCUCGGUUACAAGUGUUUCUUCAAAAGAACCUUUUUAAAAUUCAGUGUCAGUGUUUCUCACUCGGCUCGCACCAAUCAGAACCCAGGGGAAAGGUCAUGUGACAACGACUGUCUCUCGAUUGAACACGUGUAUGCUGCACUGUCCUAUGAAAAAAAUGUAUAUAAUGAUUGUGCCAUGUAUUCAUGAAAAGGUCUCAUUCCUGCAUAUUAAAUGUUAAUAAAAACAAUUCUGUUAAUAAAUUAAAAUGAUGA